UAUACCAAGAUUCUAAUCCUACUCUCCGCACUUCUCCCUUCACCCACCUAAUUUAUUUUAAUCCACCCAUCCUCCUCAGUCCACUCCCCCCCCCUCUUUCUCUCUCUCUCUUCAUCUUCUCCGCUUUCUCUCUCUACAUUUUUCCGGGUUUAUCACUCAUUUUUACUUCGAUUUGAUGUAAAUUCUAUACAAAAAAACAAAAAAAUAAUUAAAAUGGGAACGAUUUCUGGGGUUAAAUGCAGGGAACAUAAAAAAGUGAUAAAAAAAUAUGUUUGUUCUUCAUCUUCAUCUUCAUCUCGUAAAAUGGUUAGAAUUUCAGUAAGAGAUGAUGAAGCUACUGAUUCUUCCGGUGAUGAAUACGAAUCCAAACCCAGUUGUUCGCGGGUUGUUAAGCGUGUAACUGAGAUCCGUUUUGAACGGGGUUUACCCAGACCCGUUAAUGAUAAACGGAACAAAAAGGGGGUUCAGAAAAAACAGAUCAAUAAUGGAGAAGAGAAGAAAUAUAGAGGAGUACGAAAACGUCCAUGGGGGAAAUAUGCAUCGGAGAUCCGGGAUCCGAAGAAUCGUAGACGGUAUUGGUUAGGAACUUUCUACACUGCAGUGGAUGCUGCUAUUGCUUAUGAUACAGCUGCUAUUUACUUGCGUGGGUCCCAGGCUCAAACGAAUAUUCUCCGACCACCGUUACCUGACGAAGAUGUGACGUCAUCACUUCCCGGUGAAGGUAACGGAGGAAAAUCGUCGUCUUUAGAGGAGUAUUGUUCUCCUCACUCUGUUUUGGGUUGCGUGGAGUUAGAAUCGCCAACAGAAUCGUCAAAAAUACAAAACAAAGAAGACGGCCGGGAAUCGGAAAAUACUGGCGAAUUUGAAAGAAGUGACGGCGUUUGUUUUGGCCGGAAACUGGAAUAUGUUGAAGAAAAGGAAAGAACUGACGGCGUUUUGAUUGACCGGAUACCGGAAAUUACUGGAGGAAGUGACAGAGGAAGAAGUGACGGCGUUUUCUUUCACCGGAAGCCGAAAAUUACUGGAGAAACUUACAGAGAAAGAACUGACAACUUUUUGAUUGUAUGGAAACCGGAAAUUACUGGAGAAACUGACAGCGUUUUGUUUGACCGGGUACCGGAAAUUGUUCGGGAAACAGAGAGAAGAAAUGACGGCGUUUUAUUUGAUUGGAAACCGGAAAUUAGUGGAGAAACUGACAGAAGAACUAACGGCGUUUUGUUUGACCGGAAACCGGAAAUUUCUGGAGAAACAGCGAUAAGAAAAGACGGCGUUUGUUUUGAUCGAAACCCGGUAAUUACUGGAGAAACUGAAAGUAGAAGAAAUGACGGCGCUUGGUUUGACCGGAAACCGGUAAUUACUGAAGAAAUUGAACGAAGAAAUGACGGCGUUUGGUUUGACCGGAAACGGAAAAAUACCGGAGAAACAGAGAAAAGAAAAGACGACGUUUGUUUAUACGGUGUACCGGAAAAGGCGUAUGGAUUCGGGUCGGGUUACCUGGACGAGGAGUGGUUGUUGAAUGAAGAAAAGGAUUUGCAUGAUUAUUUUUCUUACAAUGGUGAAGACCGUAUGAUUUUUGAUGAUCAUAUUUCUGAUUUAACGAUGAUUCAUGAUGAUCAUAUUUCUGAUUUUAUGGUGAUUCAUGAUGAUCAUAAGCAAUUGUCUGCUACCUUUGAUUUUGACGGUGAUGAUCCAUUCUUAUAGAAGUAUAUUUCUGAUUUGAAUUUUGGAGGUGAAUUCUAAUUUUUUUUUUAAAAGUAUUUUAGGGGUUUUGGACUUAUAUUUUCCCUAAAAUUAAUUAAUAUUGGUGGGUUUAUUAUUGAUUAAGGUUUUAGUCGGGAGAUUAUUAGUUUGUAGUUUUUGGAAAUAAGUAUUUAUUUUAAAUUAUUGAUUUCAAUUAUGAAAUCAUAAAUGAAGAAUUUGAAAAUAAUAAACUUUGUGAUAUUAUUCUCAAAUUUUCAAUUUUAACUAUUUUAAAAAUAUUAAAUAUUGGUAAAACUUAAUCUAAAUUUAAAUUUGAAAAUUUUUAAUUUGCUAAACAAAAACUUUAAGCCAAUUUUAAAUUUUCAAAUAAAAUUAUUAUUUUUAAACAUAAUGUAAAGUAAUUAUUAAUUAAUUACUAUUAAUUUUUAAUUUACAGUCAAUCAUUCGGAUUUGGAGUUAAUGUUCAAUCUGACUUCUAAGUAGUAGCUAAUCUAAGUGUGCAUAGAUUAAAGCUAACACUAAUAACGAAUUGUAAUCAUUAGCUUUAAAGUUAUAGAAGUACUAUUAUUCAAUCUUUUAUGUUGAUUUCCU